AAUGAUCCAUAUUCGAAGCUUAAAAGAUAUAAUUACGUAAAAUAGAGAAGAGAGAGAGAGAGAACACGAAACUUUUAUUUCGUAAGGUUACACGAAAUCGAUCUUCCGCAAUUCAAACUUCGUCUCCGUUAAUUCGCACUCUCGUUCUCGUCUUCGUCGCCGGAGGUCGUAUCAAGUCAGCCUCAACGAUCCGAUUUGUUUUUUCAGACAAAGGUUGAUUCUCUGGGUAUGAGUUUUCUUCUAUGAGACAGACAUGUUGUAUUUGGUGCUUAAUGACUAGGUAAUGAAGGCUAUAUGUGAUAGAUUUGUUCCUUCAAAAUGUUCUUCAUCAAGCACAAGUGAAAAGCGUGAUAUAUCAUCCCCGACAUCUCUAGUUUCAGAUUCCGCGUCUAGUGAUAACAAGUCAAACUUGACGUUAUGCUCGGAUGUGGUUGCCUCUUCCUCCCCAGUUUCUCAACUGUGUAGGGAAGCUUCAACUUCAGGGCAUAACCCAGUUUGCACCACACAUAGUAGUUGGACAGUUAUUUUAAAAACAGCUUCUAUGGCUAGCGGGGCAAUUAGGAGAUUUCAAGACCGUGUAUUAGGGCCGAGUAGGACGGGUAUUUCCAGCAGUACUAGUGAGAUAUGGCUCCUGGGUGUCUGUUAUAAAAUCUCAGAGGGUGAAUCCUCAGAAGAAGCAGAUGCUGGCCGUGUAUUGGCCGCAUUCAGACAAGAUUUUUCAUCCUUAAUACUGAUGACAUAUCGUAGAGGUUUUGAGCCUAUUGGAGACACAACUUAUACUAGUGAUGUAAACUGGGGUUGCAUGCUUCGAAGCGGCCAGAUGCUCUUCGCACAGGCGUUGCUAUUUCAAAGGCUGGGAAGGUCUUGGAGGAAAAAGGAUUCCGAGCCCGCGGAUGAGAAAUACUUAGAGAUCUUAGAACUUUUUGGUGAUACUGAGGCUUCAGCAUUCUCGAUUCACAAUCUUAUACUAGCUGGAGAAUCUUAUGGCCUGGCUGCUGGGUCAUGGGUAGGACCAUAUGCUGUUUGUCGAUCAUGGGAAUCAUUAGCUCGGAAGAACAAAGAAGAAACUGAUGAUAAGCACAAGUCGUUUUCCAUGGCUGUUCAUAUCGUUUCUGGCAGUGAAGACGGAGAGAGAGGUGGAGCUCCAAUUCUCUGUAUUGAAGAUGUCACCAAAACUUGUUUGGAAUUUUCAGAAGGAGAAACUGAGUGGCCGCCAAUUCUUCUCUUGGUCCCUCUGGUUCUCGGGCUUGACAGAGUGAACCCCAGCCACUUUCACGUUCCCUCAAAGCCUCGGCAUUUUGGGCGGCAAACCAGGUGCAUCAACUUACAUAGUUGGAGUUCAAGAAGACAAAGGUUUCUACCUUGAUCCGCAUGAUGUUCAACAGGUUUUCUUGAUCACUCCUUAUAAAUCUUUAUUUUAGAAUCAAACUAGAAUUAUUGUAGUUCCAAGAAAAAACUUAACACUUCGAUCUGAAGUUUGAGACAUAUAAGGUGGUCCAUAUAUAUUUUCCUUAUAUUGUCUCCAUCACAUUCAUUUAUCUAUUGUCUAAUUGGUUUGGGGACUGAUAUUACUCAGUCCAUGUGCUUCAUAUCAUAUUUCAGUCUCACUGAUUGAGCCUUAUCGGUAAUGGUUGGUAGGUAGUGACAGUCAAGAAAGAAAAUCAAGAUGUUGACACAUCGUCUUACCAUUGCAAGUGAGUUUGAUUGAUCUUUUUGCCUCAUUUAGUUCUCUGUCUCUACAUGGUUCAUACUUGUUCUUAGUAAUCCUACUAAAUCUGCUACAGUACCCUCCGUUAUGUUCCACUUGAGUCACUCGACCCGUCACUAGCUCUCGGAUUCUAUUGCCAGCACAAAGAUGAUUUUGAUGAUUUCUGUAUCCGAGCAACAAAGCUAGCCGGAGACUCUAAUGGUGCUCCUCUCUUCACUGUGACUCAAUCUCACAGAAGAAAUGACUGCGGGAUUGCAGAAACCAGCAGCAGUACAGAGACAUCUACAGAGAUCUCUGGUGAGGAACAUGAAGAUGACUGGCAAUUACUUUGAACACUUCUCCUAGCCAUUCUUUUCAUUGUGUGACUUUGUUCAAUUAUCAAAAUACCAUUCUUUUUACAUCGAUACUAAGAUUUGAUGUUGUAUAAAUAAAGAAAAACCCAGAUUAAAGUAUCACCCACUCUCACUUGAUUUAUGUAUUAAGUAUUAACUAUUAACGUUGACUUAAGUCAAAGUGUUCU